ACACUUGUUCCCAGUGUCCUGGGCAGGAAGAGGGGCGACUUUGCCGGCGCUGCUGCCGUUGCCUGGUGGGGGGAGGGGUGCCAGCCCAGCCCAGAGCUCGGAGCCCACACGCGCCGCCACCCGGAGCCCGGCCAGGCGCGGCGGCGCGGGAGGGGCCAGCCAACCCAAGCCAUGAGCAACCAAUACCAAGAGGAGAGCUGCUCCGACAGGCCCGAAUGCAAAAGUAAAUCGCCAACUUUGCUCUCGUCCUACUGCAUCGACAGCAUCCUGGGCCGGAGGAGCCCGUGCAAGAUGCGGCUGCUGGGAGCGGCGCCCAGCCUCGCGCCGCUGGCCGGCAGGAUCGAGCAGGACAAGGCCGGCCAAGGUAAGCCCAGCCCAGGGGGGCAGAGGAAAGAGCGAGCGGGCCUGCCAGGCAACUUCGCUUCUCCGGGCAGCUCCAGCGAGCUCCGCGGAAAUCCUGCGCCCGGAGAGCGGGCCUAGAGCGCGGAGACCCCCUUGCAAGUGGCGUGGAUGGGCGCGUGGGUCUGAGAUGCAGGCGAUCAGGAAGGUUAGGAGGCAGAAACGGACUGGGAGGAACUCCGCUUCCCCGCCACUCUUGGGGUCUCUUUUUUGCCUUGCCUUCCACCACCAGCUGCAUCCCAGGCACGCCCGGAUCGCCUUUAGCUUGCUUGGGGAGAAGGGAGGUGGUGCCCCAAAUGCGGCUCUCCUCUUAUUUUUUGGGAGAGGGUGGGGUGAAGGAAGAUAAGUAACGGCGGCAAGUCAGCAGGUCCCUGGCGCGUCUUUUCCGUUGCUGCUUCGGCGGCGCCUUUCCGCUGCCAGGCCUGCUUGGGAGGGCGAAUAGAUAGGGCGUCCUUUGGCGGGGCUCCCGGUUGUAAAGAAAUGGGGCUCCGGGUAGAAUGUGUUUGGAGGGGACAGAGAAAAAGCGACCCCCCCCCAACAUGCAUAUACAGAGUUUUAAAAUAUUUUAAGCCUCUUUCUCUCCGGCCUUCCAAUGCAUGGGGAUCUUCGAGUGCCCGCAGAGCCGCUGGAAAUGCUUUUGACGAAGCCGACAGGUGUCAGAUUGUCGGCUGGAGGAAGGGGACUUUUAAUGAAUGCACUUAAAAGAAUAGUAAUGUUAAUAAGUCAAGUAGUUGGAAUAAAAACUAAUGCAGAGAACAGUUAGCUUUUGCUUUCGUCCAGACACAAUCCUCAAAUUUAUCUCUCCGUACAGUUCCUACAGGGGUGGGUUUUGAUAGAGCUUUCUGUGAAGGAUUUUGGUCUCGGGACGGGAAAGGGAGACGUCGAGAGAUUCGACCUGGUUUGGCAAAAAUAAUUGCAGCUGCCCGCCUAGAAAGUUGAAAGCAUCUGGGCUAAAUGGGGGGGUGUAUUUACACGGGGCCCCCCACGCACGGUCUGCCCUUUGCUCCGAGUCCGGGGCCCGUUUCUAGAUGCAGACCGAGGGUCCCCCGGCUGGGCGGCAGCGAAACGUGCCCGGCCGGGUCGGUGAUGGGUGCGUGUCUGUCUGUGUUCGUCUCCCCGGCAGGACCGGCCAAGGGCAGCCCAGCGGGCUUCGAGGCUGCCGAGUUGCACCUGCCGCCCAAGCUGCGCCGCCUCUACGGGCCCGGCGGGGGCCGGCUGCUGGCGAGGGCCGAGCGGGUAGAGGCGGGCGCCUCGUCCUGGGACUCGCUCAAGAUCAGCCAGGCGCCGCAGGUCAGCAUCAGCCGCAGCAAGUCGUACCGGGAAAACGCGCCCUUCCCGCGGGCCGCUGCCGCCCUCGACGAGCUGUCCAGCGGAGGAGGAGGAGGAGGCGGCGGCGGCGGCCUCGACGGCAGGCCCGGCCGAGACGACGAGUUGCUGGACGACGAGGACGACGAGGAUGACGACGACGACGACGAGGAAGAGGCCGAGGAGCUGGACGAGGAGCUGGAGGACGACGAGGAGCUGCUGGCCGAGGCCAAGGAGGCCCGGCGGGCCGCUGGGGGCCCCGUCGGCGUCGUCGGGGGACCUGGUGCGGCGCCGGGGACGGAGGGCGCCGACGGCUGCUCUCCCAAGGAGGAGCUGCUGCUGCCCGUCGACGAGCUGGUGGAGGGCAAGGACGGCGAGGACAGCGUGUGCCUGUCGGCCGGCAGCGACUCCGAGGAGGGGCUGCUCAAGAGGAAGCAGCGCCGCUACCGCACCACCUUCACCAGCUACCAGCUGGAGGAGCUCGAGAGGGCCUUCCAGAAGACGCACUACCCGGACGUCUUCACCAGGUAGGUGGCGAGGCGGUUGGGGAGGGGAGGGGCAGCUGCCCAACUUGGGGGUUCCGCGUGUCCCCAGGGCGCAAAGCGAGGUCAGCUGGUGCGGCUCCCCUGGCCACUCUUCGCUCAAGUUAGACGGGGCUGGAAGGAAACAAUCAGUAUAAACUCUUAAGAUUAAAAUCGACGGAGGGGUGUCUGCGAGCAGAAUCGGAAGCCUUGGGACUUGGGGAUAAAUGUACACGACAAGAAGAAAAAGUGCGCGCGCCUGGGGAUAACUUGGGAAGCUGUGAAACUGACGGGGUGGGAUAUGGUGGGAAAUUCCCUUCUCCCCCCGUUGUGUCCCAGGGCUUUAUUCAAUCCGCUCCGCGUCCAGGAGAAAAAGUCAUUCUUUUUUUGAGGUUCCCUCUCCUCAGAAGUCCAGACACCCCAUCCUUAGGAUAGGAGGAGAGAGGGGCUUGUGUGGCUCAGCCCGAGUUCGCCGGCCAAGGACAGGUUAGAGGUGGGUUUUGGCCGCGUCUUUGUCAAACCCUCUCCGGGGUCUAUUUUUGCCUUGAUCCUCCGGCUAGUCUGUCGGGUAUCAGUUUCAGCGCUCUCGGUGGAAGCUGGAGCGCUGCCCUGCCGCAGGGAAGCCCCGUGCGUAUAUAUAGAUAGAUAUAGAUUUGAAAAGAUCAAAGUAUUCCGCUUGAGAGGGCUAAAAAUAUGGGACGAGAUGGCAGCUUGCUUGGAAAGCUUUGGCAGAAGCCCCAAGCGCCCCAAGCGUCCGCCCGCCGGUUCAGGACGUUUCUGGGCACCGUCCAGAAAGAAAAAAGAAAAAGAUUUUUUUUUAAAGGGGGAGGGAAUCCGGAGGGAGAAAGUCAUUUUGAUCCACUGCCUUGCCUUGAGGUCUGCUCCUUACAGGGGUUUGAAGCAGAAGCCUAACCGCGCACGCUUACUUUGAAAGGAACCGGGCUGUUCGUCUUCCCCUGAAGCGCUGUAUCAGACGUGUAUCAGGCUUGAUCCGAAUUAAAGCGGUGUCAAGUUGCAUUUGCGCUUUCAAGGGGGAAAUCCCUGCCUCCCGUUAACUAGAAUCUGCUUGGGAGACGAACUUAAUUGCAGUGAAAAUGACAAUAAUGCAGAUGCCCAUUUUGUUUGCAAGUCUGUGCCUAAGUGGUUUGGUGGGUUUUAAUUUUUAAAUCACUCGGUAUCAGAUCCUUUCCUUUCUUUGGAUUCCCCCGUACUCCUUAAAUGCUCCCAUUUGCAAUCCGGAGAAAAGGAGAGGAGAGCAUAACGUUAUUAACGGGGUUACGCACUCAAUAAGUAGGCGAAUUUCGUUUUGAGCUGCAAAGCCUCUUCUGCGAGGAAUUCCUUUUACCGCAUCCGGAUCCGAGAAGGGUCGCUUUCAGCAAUAUUUGUAGCAAAGGUUUUGCUAUUUACCAAGAGGAAAGGAAUUACUGAUCCUCAGAAUACAGAGAUUCGUUUGGGCUUCUUAUUAAUUCCCUUCCAUAUUCUACUCCUCCUUGGGGCUGCAAUCCGGUCCCCAUUUUAACAGAGUAGCCCACCGAACUCGGUGGGAUUUACUUCCGAGGAGACCCACGUAACUCAGUUUAUUGCACUGUUAAAGUCGUUAGCCAAGGCUCGCCUCACCUCUAAUAUGGUGGGUGGGGAAGAGUAUUUCCAUAGAAAUGGGAUGGGAAGCAGCGUUUAUUUCUUGGCACAUUUGCUGGAAUCUCCUUCGGAGCCAGCGGGCGUAAGACGCAGCUUCGCCGGCGUGGCACAGGAAAUCACCGGGAUCCCCUUGCUUAGGAAACGGAACUGCCGGCUUGAGCGAAAGCUGUUGCCUUGCUUUGCCUCGCAGCCACUCAAGGCAACGGCCUGCCUAGGCAGCGCCCUUACUCUGGAAGCCCGACCGGCGUAUGCUCCGAUUUCGCUCGGAAAGGUCUUUGAAGUGGAAUGUGCCGGCUGAGGCUGGAGAAGUUUAGCCAGGCCGCUCCUCCCAUGGCGCACCUCGGGGCAGAGAGGCUUUGGUGCGGCCAUCUCUGUGAGGAGCCAGACCCUCGGGCUGGAGAUCUUUUUUUUUUAAAAAAAGAAAAAGUUGGCAGUCUGGAGGAGCUGGGCAAGGGCGAGCUGGCUCUUCCGCUCCAGCCCGGCCAGGCUCCCUCUCUGGCCAGCGCGGCGCUUUUCUUUCUAACGGAGGGAGAGCCAAUUAUCCCGGGAGCUCUCAUAUUCGAGGUAAACAGAUUAUAAGCAGUUUUCUAACAUAGUAAUGGUUUCCGAUUUGCCUUAAUUGUUGCAAUAAUAAUCGCAAUGAAGGGCUCGCGUUGCAGCUCAAAGGAUCUCCUCUGUGCCGCGGCGCGGCGUUUGGAGGGGGGAGCCUUGCUCCGGCGCGCGGGGCUGCCGGGCCUUGGCCGGGGUCGCGGCCCUUCCCAGCAAACUGACAAAGCCCCCGCUAGCAAGUUUUCCUCUUUUCACUUCCUCCAAACAUUUCCCCCUUCGUAACAACAACGGGAGGAAAGGUUUUUUUUGGGGGGGGGAGGGACUGGGACACGCAGAUCAAAACAAGAAACUUGGGAGGUGUUUUUUUCUAGUCUGCUUUGUGCACCCGAUUUCAAGCUAACGCUUCCUGGUUUGGGAUAUUAAUUUUUUUGCGGGGAGUGGGGGUAUUGGGGGCAUUCCGGGGCGAUCCAGCGUCAGUGCCAGUAGGAACUGGAGCGAAGGGUAGGAAACUGGCCUUGUUUGGGACUUUGCAUGUGGAUGGCUCUCCCCUAUAUGGGCAAAGAAGGAAGGAGGAGUAGUAGCCUUCACCAAGGCGGUGAGCCGCGGGACCCUUUCUCUCCCGCUACCCCGCUUCACAGGGCCUCACCUGAGCGUGUGUCUUGUUGUGCUUGUUUCCCUCCCAGGGAGGAGCUGGCGAUGCGCCUGGAUCUGACCGAAGCCAGAGUGCAGGUGAGUCCAGGGGCAGCUGCGAUGGGGACUGGGAGCGCUCUCUCGGCGGGCUUGGGGUCCCCGCAGGUGGGGAGGGAGAGGAAAUAUUGUUUAAGACCCUUGAACCCAAACAGGCGCUCGCUCCUUCUCUCCUCCCCCCACACCCCCAAAUUAAGACCAAACGCUGGGUGAUGGGUGCCAGUCUGCCCUUUCCCUCGUUGAAACCAGUUAAUUUCGUUCCGGCUCUGUACGGGGGGGGAGCAAGCCCCCAGCAGCUUUCCUUCUGCCCCCUUUCCACCCCCACCCCGAUGAAAGAACUAGCUGUGGUUGUCAGCCCAACGCAGCGAGAAGCAGGUAUUUGCCUGCGCUCUCAAAUGGCCCAUCGGGCCACCAUCAAAGGGCACUUUGGCGCUCGAGCAAACAGGGAGGGGCUGUUUGGUUUCCUCUCCGCUUGGCCCGAAGAGAGUCAGCUAAUGCUAUUUGAUUUCCUCGAUUUUGUUUUUGGCUCGGCGGUGCAAUGCUAUUAGAAGGUGUUUGCUCCCCCACCCCGAGCCUGGAGGCUACGCAGCGCGGAGAGCCAGGCGCUCCACUCGCCCUUCUUCGGCCAACCCCGCGACAGAUGGCGGCGGCCUUUUGCCUCCGCACAAAUCACUUUACACUGAAAGUCAGGCGCGGCGAAAGCAUCAUAAAUUCCAUAUGGCUCAUUUAAUACACAACAGCUUCUCGCAUUAGAGGGGCUAAUGAAGAGCCCGGUCCCCUCCUUUCUGUUGACACAUUUCUCCAUUGUCAAACAGAGAUGUGACAGCAAAUCAGGAUUUUCAGCUCAGGGGAAUGAGUCGUGGGAAAGUUAAAUAACUAAGAGAGAGACAGAGACAACCCCCCUUUUCUUUCUCGCCCUCCCUUCCCUCCCUAUUCAGUGGAGAAGAUGUAAUUAAGGGGAAUAUGAAUUAUUAGAGCCCCUCGGUUUACCUUUGGGUGUACUCAAACUUAUUAAUUCAAUAAGAGAGGGGGAAUUUGCAGUGGGGCCAAGUUGCUAAUUGAGUUGGAAACGGAAAAGACGCGCCGAGACGCCACGUUUGCCGUUGCCUUGAGCCGCAGUUCCUAGGCUGGCUGCGCUGGGACCUUCCUAGAGGCGAGUGGAGCAACACAAACGAGAAGAUGGUCCCGGUCUCCCUGCCCCCCUCCCCCCGAAUAUGUGGCUCUCUUUCUCAUUUUCCCCCAACCUAUUUCCAAACAAUUGCCUCCUAUGGAAGCCGAGGCUGCAAUCCUAUUAUAUAUCCUCACAUGGGAGUAAAUCCCAUUGAACUCGGUGAGAUUUACUUCUGAGCAUACACCUAUGGGGUUGCAUUGUCAAUCUGUUUAGAUUUUAGAAAGUAGCCCUCCCGUUUUUAUUCCUUUCCAAAUUUGGAGAGGGAUAUAUUUUCGGUAGUAUUUCAGCGCUUUGGCUCCAAAACUGGAGAAAGAUGUCGAUGGCUGAUAUGAAUAUAGAGAGAACCCCUCCCUGUUUUUAUUAAUAACUAGGAAAGGGGAGGGAAGCUUGUUUAUUGCUGCCCCUUUUGCUUUUCAUCUCCCCCCGCUGAAAAGACCAGAGCUCUUUGCAAAAUGUGAGCGUUCUCCCCGAGAACGGCUCUGGUGGCGGCUCUGAGUGUGGGUGGCUGCGGAGAUGGCGUAAUAAUAACCACAAUAAUAAUAAUGAAAAAUAAUUUGCACGGACUGGGAAAUUAGCGUUAGAGCCUUUUAAGUGCCACUAAGAAGGCAUGGGUUUAAAAUUGUCAUAAAAGAAAACAUGAUGUUUAGCGUGUGUGGCUGGCGAAAACAUUCAACUGUCUGUCAAACAGUGUAGUUGAGAAAAGGCGGGGUGUGUAAGGGGGGGGGAGAACCCGCUGAAAAGGCUGUAUACGUGGAAGCUUUUGAAGAAAAUAGGAGAACAUUAGGCGAGGUUGCUUGAAUGCAGUCGCAUUGGUUGUACUAUGUAUUAUGAAGGUGCGUCUUGCAGAAAGGCAGCCGCUUAAGAAGAAGCUGUUGCGUGUGUUUCUACCUGUAGCCCAGGAAGCCCAGCCUAGUCAGAGGCUGCUCAAGCUGAUCGAUCACUCCCGUUAAGAAUAAAUAGAUCUAUAUUAAGCCUGCCUUGGCCAGGCCAAGGGCUGGAUCCACUUUAAGGUCACUACCAGAUAUGAGCCAAACGAGAUGCGUUUAAUUAUUGUCUUUAUUUCCAAUAGGGCACCAUCUAUUUGCAUGGCGCUUUUACAGAUACCCAGGGACGGGGGGGGGGGAGAGGCAGGUCUCUGCCAGCGAGGAGCUUGCCAUCCAAAUUUCUACCGUGAGGGGGUCACUAAGGAAGACGGGGAGAAAACUGAUUUGUGAUGUCACUGUCACGUAGUUCUGUCCCAUUUGGGGUCUGCAUGCUCAGCAGUGAAACUUCCCACCCUUCUGCCCAAGCCAUUUGCUUCCACAUCCUCGCCCACCGAUCUGGCAGGCGCGAAGGACAUGGAGGAAAGGCAAAAUGGAGUCUGGGCGCAGAGAGGUGGGCGCACUUUUGCCAAGCCAGAGGCCCUUGCUUCCCUUUCCCCUUGGUCCCCUUUCCUCUAUGGGCCUCUCCCUGCGCAGGAGCGCUGGGUAGUUUCAGACGAUGCCUGCUCCAGAACCGCCACGGAAGCCCGAAGAUGUGCGCUGCGCUUAGGCCCAGGUCCCCCGACGGCCUUGGCGCCGAAGCGAGCGCUGGGCCUUCCCUGAGGAGGAGGAGGGGGAAGAGGAGGCGUCGUCGUCGUCGUCUCUGGGCUGCCGAGGAGCCGCGAGGGCCGCGCUUGACUAACCGCCUUGAACCCCCUCCCCACCCCCUUGUUUUAUGUUUUGGCUUCCAGGUCUGGUUCCAGAACCGGAGAGCCAAAUGGCGGAAGAGGGAAAAGGCCGGCGCCCAGAGCCACCCGCCCGGCCUGCCUUUCCCUGGGCCCCUGUCGGCGUCUCACCCGCUCAGUCCCUACCUUGAUGCUAGUCCUUUCCCUCCUCACCACCCAGCUCUCGACUCCGCCUGGACGGCCGCCGCCGCAGCCGCUGCAGCCGCCGCCGCCUUCCCCAGCCUGCCGCCUCCUCCUCCCGGCUCGGCAGCUCUGCCCCCCGGCGGGACCCCGCUAGGCCUCAGCACUUUCCUGGGAGCGGCCGUGUUCCGACACCCGGCCUUCAUCAGCCCCGCCUUCGGCAGGUAAACUUGAAGCAGGCGCGGCCUAAACCUCCCCCCCCCCCACGCUGUCAACUAGACCGUUACCGACGCGCGCACGUGCCGCGGCGGGGCUUCCUCCCGAGUACGCAUGCGUAAGGCACGCUUCGGUGUCGAAGUGGGCGGGGCCUCAAGGGAAUCCUGAGGGUGGGAAUGGCGAAGGCAAAUCUUGGCCUGCCUGGUAUUAUAUAGAUUUGGGCGCGGGUUGUGCGCUGAGGGCCCCGCGCGUGAAGGUGCAGCGCUGCUUCUGAAGGCAUGGGAAGGGAGAGUGGCUCUGUCUCCCACAGGACUAGAUCAUUGGCCAUUCAUUGGCCUCAUCCAGCAAGCUCUGUCUGGCCAUUUUCUAGACCUAGCGCAGGAGUGGUGGAACUUUUUCUGCUUCAGAACUUCAAGGGACCUGAGCCGCUUCCUGCUCAAACCUUCAGAAGUUCCUUUCAGUGUUCGCUGGGCCUAACUCCUGCACUUAUGGGCUUGGUGGCGCUGGAGAGGUUCCCUCCUUGUGCUGACAACAAUGACCUAAAGAUGUCCAUGCCUGGACAGGAUGCAAUAGUUCAGUCGCUUUGCUUCUGGGUUGCAAGUAUAGCUCCCCAGUCUUUAGAAUAUGGAAUUCGUAUGAGUUGGGAAUAAUAAUAAUAAUAAUAAUAAUAAUAAUAAUAAUAAUGUGUGCAAAGCUCAUGGUACCCUCCUGUUCCCUAAUUGGAUAGAGAUAACUUUAAAGGAAAAGGCCAGUCACUGACAUUUGCAUUUAGACCAUGAUCUUAAGCACAUUGGCUGGAAGGUACUCGUAAGAUUUUCUUCUAGCUAGAUAGCUUGGCCACAUAGCAUUAUUUAGGUGAUAGGAUGACAGUCCGUUUAUUAUAAUCUUAACUUUUAAAAUGGUCUACGUGCUUUUUAACACAUUCAUUUUACCUUUCAUCUUUGUUGAUAUUUGAUCCCACACUAGUCACAGAAAGGCAUAAAAUGAAAUCGAGAAAGGGAUUUAAAAAAUGAAUAAAGACAACUUAAAUCCACCGAAAAGUCACAGCAGUGACUAGAGAUAUAGCCUGUUUAGUUUACACCUGAACGGAAAACCAGGCUUGUUAGUCAAGGAUAAAAUAAAAUAAACGACACUGCAGCUACCUUUCUUUAAACAAUAAGCAAACAAUUAAUUUAAAAAAGUCAAUAGCUAAUUAUAAAGAGACAAAAAAGCAUUGUCGGGAUUUAUGGAAGCCGGAGAGAGGUUGAAAAUGGAAGAGCAAAAGAACUGCAGUGAUGUCUCUACUGAUGAGAACAAAGAAGGGAUAGAUUCAUCGCAGGCGAGACGCCACUUAACACAAUUAUGUGUUGGAGGAGGGUUGGGGAAAAUCCAAGUAAAAUUUAGUUUUGUGUAGUGGGGGAACGCGAGAGCCGCCCAGCUACAAGGAAAGCGUUUCUGCCUUUCCCCUGAGCCCCCGAGUGACUCAAUUUCCCUCAAGGCAGGCAGGCGGCUGCGGGGCUGUCACGCCCCCUACUUGCCGCCGUGAUUCUACACUUGGAGCGCUUCUCUCUGGCUGCAUCAGCCGGAGCCCUUGCGCUACCUCCCCUUGCGCCCCCCAUCAGAUUGAAAAAUGAGUUGUAAAAUGCUUACUAAACUGCCUGGCUAAUAGGCUGUGCGAUCAAAAUAGGCAGGCGACGAAAAAAGAGAGCGAGGAAGUAGUGAAGGGAGCAGAAGAGGAAAGCAGAGACUUUCCUCCUCGCGCUUCCAUCUUGCUCUUAAAAUGCAGUUUUUAGGAAAGCGUUUCACCUUCCAUAGAAACUGCCUUCUGAAAAGCCAAGCCACUGUGCAUAGAGGGUUCCCCGUUUUGCUAUUUGUAUUUUUUUAAAGAAAAACACCCUCGGAAAUCGUAGCCUAUUAGAGAUCAGCAAGAUGCAGACCGUCCCCCUUCAGGGCUGAGCUGCGCGAAGAAUUUCAGGAGCAGAGAGUCGGGGAACCCCCCCUCCCCGCGCCCAAGUAAUCCUCCCCAAGGCCCUCCCCGCGCCAGCCAGCCAGCCCGCAGUCCGGGAGCUUAGGCGGCUCCGGGCUUAGUAUGUAGCCCCUGUUGCCUUCCAGGCCCACAGUUCAAUUCCUAGCCGUGAUGAUGUCAAUAAUCACCUCCUUGGUUAAUGGAGAGUCUGUAUAUCUCGACGUGCCAGUCAAGGGGGUCAGUUGCUCUCUUCAGAGCGGCUGCUCCGGGGAGAGGUAAGGAAGGAAAACUAGAGGGGAAGGCAUUUCCAAGAUUGUGUCAUUGAGCCGGGAUGCUAGGGUUGCCGGAGAAUAAUUGGCAUUCCACUGUGCGGAAAUCCACAGGGACGGCGCGCCCUGCUGGGCGUGGGCAUCCGCCCCGCGAAGGAGCCGAGCGGCAGACACCGCUUCGGGCAUCCAGGACCUCUAAUAAGGCGGGCCGAGGAAAGUAUAGACAUCGGAAGGGCAAGGGGAGGGGCGCCCGAGAAGCGAACGUGAAGGACAAGGGAAAGAGCCCGCGGAGGCAGCGUAAAGAACCACCGCUGUAGCUUGGGGAAGAUGAAAGUGGCGGGAGAGGAGAGGGAAACUUGAGCGGGGAGAAAAGCCAUCACCUAAAAGUCUCGAUUGUUACUACUAUUUAUUAUUAGCACUAGUUUUUAAAAAAAUAAUUAUUCUCUCUGAUCACAGUAUAAGUCGCAGGCUCAAGCGUCGGCUGCCAGCGACUGCUGUCACUAGCAAAUGGGAGAGGGUUAGGCGCCUUACAGACAAUCUCGUUGACUGGGCGUUUCUCUUCCAACCCCGCCUGGCUUAUGCUGUCCCGAGAAGGGCCGCGAGUAGAAACGGGCCAGACCUUAAACUUGGAAAACCCGGGAUUCGAACUGUUCCCGGGAGGGAACAGAGGCGGGACGUUGUUUUGCACACCGCCCCGGGAUCCAAACAGGGUGAAGGGCGGUAUAAAUGCACUGAUCAAAUACAUAAAAGAGCAGGCGGCUGUUGCAACAUUUGCCCGGGUCGGGAUUGGCCACUCUUUCACUCGCAGCCCUGUAAUUCUGGGGUAGCCAACUUGACGCUCCCCAUAAAGUUGUGGAACGACAAAGCCCAUGAGCCCCCCGGCAACGGCUCAGAAGUAGUAGUGGGAAUUGUAGUCUCAACUGUAUGCGGAGGGUCGCGGGUUGGGCUUUCUCCGCCUUAAAUUGUAUAAGCGGAAGUUGAGAGUCCUCCGGAGGCCUGUUUCCUCGCCUUUGAAAGUGGGUUUGCCCUUGAAUGGACUACAACGCCCAUGAGCCACACUCCCUGGGCCUGAUGGGAGCUGGAGUCCAGCAGGCCCGCUUUCAAAGCAGCCUGACGCGGAUGAUGCAAUGCAGGCGCGCUUUUUUAGUGACACGGGGUUCUGGGGGUUUCGCCGGGUCGCCACUCCCUCGCCCGCGCGGAGUGGGCCUCGUACUGUCAGCUCGGCCCUGACCGCCCGGCCUGUGUCCUCUUGGCUUGCAGGCUCUUCUCCACCAUGGCCCCGCUGACGAGCGCAUCCACCGCGGCCGCCCUGCUGCGCCAGCCGGCCCCGAGCGUGGAGAGCGCCGUGCAGUCGGGCGGCCUCUCGGAUCCGGCCACGGCGGCGGCGGACCGGCGGGCCUCCAGCAUCGCGGCGCUGCGGUUGAAGGCCAAGGAGCACGCGGCGCAGUUGACGCAGCUCAACAUCCUCCCCGGGAACAGCACGGGCAAAGAGGUGUGCUAAGCAGCCCCGACGGGGCGGGGCGAGGCCGGCCAGAGAUCGCCUGGCGGAGGAGCGAAACCCAAGACCAAAACGGGAGAGCGAGAAGCAGACAGACACAUACAAAGAGACACCGAGGAUCCGCGGCGGAGAGCUUCUCCUCCGGUUCGGUACUCGGAGCAAGCCAGGCUCCUGCUUUUCAUGCUUCCCUCGGGCCAUUCAGCAGAAGCUCCUUGGCUGGGACUACCCCACGCACCCGCACCCCCCCUUCCCCAAUGUCAUUCCGUUUCUUGAACACCCAAGUACAUCCCAAGGAGGAGAAAGGAGAGAGGACCUUUCGGAGCGGGGCGCGUGGGCAGGUACGACGUGGCGGCGCAGCCCACGCCCCUCUCUCUCCCUUCGCCACAUCUAGUCAUGUCACCCUGGGCCGAUCUUAAGAGGAGCUUUGGGAGGACGUCGAAACCAAGGAUGCUGCUUGGGCCAGGCCAAAAGGAAGCCAAUGAUGCGAUGCUGUGUUAAAACGAACCGGUGCACUUAAUAAGGCAAAAGGGGAGCGGGGUGGGAUCGGGGAGAGAGUCUGGUCUUUUUUCUUUUCUUUUCUUUUCUUUUUGUCUGUGUGUGGAGGGGUCCUCCUAUCAUCACACCAACCAAGGGUUUUAUAGCAAACCAAAGGGAAAAAUAACAGUGCUAGAAUAUGGACUGUUUUAAAAAAAAGAAGUCACUAAACUGUGAUGCUCUGUACAUACCAUUGUUAUUAAAAAAAAUAAGAAAAAGCAAAAAAAGAAAAAAAGAAACACAACAACCCAGAGCUUUGUAUAUUUGAAAUGUUAUAUAACAAUUGCACUCCGUGUAGUGUUUGUACAAGUUUGUCAUUUCUGUAGAUUCUUACUGUGUUGUAGAUAUCAUAGGGUCCCUAGACAAAUAUUUAUGUACAAACCCUUUAUUUAACUUAUUAACUGUAGAGGUUCCUGAAACCAGAGAGAGAGAGAGAGAAAGGGAAAGAGAGUCGAAAAAAGAGAGAGACAGGGCGUCGGUACAGUGCUUUUGUGUAAUGUUGUUAUUGCUCUCACUUUCCCUUGCGACCAAGUGGAAAAGUGUCACCCAUAGAAAAUAAAAUAUAUAUAUAUACAUUUAUGAAGAAUUUGAAAAGAUACCUGGAGAUGCAGCGUCAUGGGAAGUAAAUUGUGCUUCAUCACCAAGGUGGGGGAGGGCUAGGGUACCAAGGACUUGAUUGAACUCUCCAGCUUUACAGAUAUUUGUC